AUGGAGUGUUCGUAUGUAGUCCAGAUCCGUCGGUUCAUCGAAUCGGUCAGCGAGUUCACCGACUCCAAAGUCGAUAUUGUGGCUUAUUCAAUGGGAGCCCCGUUGAGUAGAAAGGCAAUCCUCGGAGGCCUAUGUGUUGACCACAAUUCCACCGAUCUAGGACCGCCGCUGACCAGCAAAGUGCAGACUUUCCUGUCUGUCGGAGGCGCAAAUUCGGGUUCUCAUCUCUGCACUACGCCAUCCACGAAAUUCUGUGGGCCAGUCGAUGGAUUGUACUGUAAUUCGUCUUUCAUCAGGGAUAUUAACUCGAGGCAUGGCUACGAGGCAGCCGAGGUGCUCGCUAUCUAUAAUCCCCAAGAUGAAUGGAUUGGGGACUCGUCACCAUGCGGAGUUCCUCCAUACACGUUGGCUGGAGCCGAGAUGCAUUUGUUCUCACGCUCCUUCCACGUGGACGUCCUUUGGAAAUCUGCGAAAGAACAGUUGGCGUUGAUCAGGCGGAAAUACGAAGUUGAUAACCUUCUCGAGGACAUGCAGACUGAAGCAGAGGAGGCGAGAACGACUCCAAGCCCGAACCACUCGACGUGGUGGGACUACAGUAUCCGGAGAAAUUUUCUCUACUGGAACAACCGGUGGUAC